AUGUUCAAUAUUCAAAAUUCUCCUAAUCCUAGUGAGAUAGGUUAAAGUUAAAAUUUUCAGUUGUAAGCACCCUGUUUAACACAUUAAGGCUAAAGUAUAACAAAUUUCUGUAAAUAAUCUGCCUGUUUAAUGCCUCUCUGUCCAUGGUGUAUACCUUCACAUAUGGAUUAUCAUAAAUAAAAAGGAUAAUAUGGAGAGUUAGUUACAGUAGAUUAGAUGCAUGAAGAAACAUUAGAAUUGAUAAAUACUUAAUUAACAAAUUUGAAUUAAGCUAUAUAGUUAUUAUAGUAAUUCAAAGAUUCAAAAACAGAUGCGCAUGGAUAAUUACAUACAAAGCUUAGCAAUGCAAAAUAAAGGGUUUAACAAAUAGUAGAUUAAUUUUUUGAAGAAUUGCUAAACGAAUUGGAUUAAGUCACAAAGACAGAUAGAACAAAUUUAGAUGUUGAAUUAUAAUAAAUGGAAAGAUCGUUAAAUUUAAAAAUUCAAGAAUUUUAAGGGAUUGAUUAAAAAUUAAAGACCUCAUAGUAUUUAAAAUAAAUUAUCCAAUUAUAAACAACUAACUUCCUUUAAUAAGCUUAAUAAUAACGAAUAGAAUGUGAAGCAUUUAUUGAAGAAGUUUCAAAACAUACAUUAGAUAUUUAAAUAGAUGAAUAAGAAUUAUACUUUUUGAGGAUUCAAUUAGGAUAGUAUGCAUCAAUAAAAAAUGCAGAAUAUUAUAAAAAUUAAUAAAUUUAACCUUCUUCUUCAAUACCUAAAAGUACAACAUACAACCAUCCUUAUUUAACAAGUGAAAUUUAAUCAGCAAAAGUAGAACAAUCACCAUAAAAAAGAUUGGUAUAGCAAUGUAAAAAAUAAUAUUAAGUAAUUUAGUUUAGUAAGUUGGAAUAUCUAAUUUUACAAUAAAUUUACCAGACUUUUAUGAUUCUCUUUGUAGUUAAAAAUACUUACAUUAUUUUACUGAUAAAUCUAUAUUUUUUUAAAAUUUGGAAUGGGUUUAGAAUCCAAGAUGGUAAGAAAUCAGAUUGAAUUGUUAAGUACCAUUAAAAAGUUCUACUGCACGUUCAUAAUAAGGAAAUAUCUUUGUAAUAGGAGGUUACAUAGGAAAUUAGUAAAGUCCAUAAAUAUUUCAAUUAGAUUUGAAAUAAUAAACUCUAAUAUAAACAGAUAAAUUAUAAUAACCUCGACAUUCUUCAGCUGCAAUAUUCUUUUAAAAUAAGUUAUAUGUUCUUGGAGGGUAAAAUCAAAGUCAAGAUUUAAAUACUAUAGAGAGUAUAGAAUUUGCAUUAAAUAAAUCAAGAACUGAAAUUGAAACUAGAGUUAAUUUACCAAGAAUGAAUUAUGGAGGUGUUAAUUUAUCAGUUUGCACUUUUCGAUAAUAUAUUAUUAAAGCAACUCCAUUAGAAUUAUUUGAUACUAAAUUAUUGAAAUGGACAUAACUAAAUAUUAAUAUAAAUAGGGGAGUUGGAAUGGUAGCUAUAAAUAAUUCAAAUGUAUUAAUAUUUGGAAAUGGACAAUAUUAACUUUUAAAAAUGGUUGAUUAACAAAAUUUAUCUUUUACGACAGAGAAUUUAUAAAAUCCUCCUUAGAUUGGUCAAAUAUAGAAUGGUAGUUUGAUUCAUUAAGGCAAGAUUUAUGCUAUAACAAAUAGCUGUAAUUUCAUUAUUGGAACACCCGAAAAGUGGACAUUAUGA